AUGGAAGAUCAUAAGCAGACGAGUUUCACGUUCGAGAUAGAUAAUUUCUCCGAGAAGAAAGGUCUUAUAUCAUCACCAAAAUUCUCAAGCGGUGGCUGCAAAUGGUUUGUUAAUGUUUAUCCCAACGGAUAUCAUAUUGAUGAUCGCAUGUCUCUGCACCUCCAAGUUGCAAAUCCGGAAUCCUUUCCACUUGGAUGGAAGUGGCAAGCUAGUUAUUCCUUUGCUAUACUGAAUGAAUCAGGGAAAGAGCUCUACAGAACACCUGAAUCGUGCAAAUUGUUCCGGGCUCAGUUCACAGGAUGGGGUAGCCCAAAGGCCUUCACUCUUCAAAAGCUUCAAGAUAUGAGAUUUUUGCAGAACAACAAACUUAUCUUAAAGGUCAACGUAAAAGUGAUUCAAGCUGUUGAUGAAGGAGUCGCAACUGGGACGGACAUGUUAGAAGUCCGUGGUUUUAAAGUUCUUUAUUCUCAGUUGCCUUCAGUAAACAGGCUUUUCAGAAAGCACCCUGACGUUGCAGUGAAUUUCAAACUAAGUAACCAAUUGGUGAAGACAACAUACAUGAAUCUCCUCCUCGGUCUCAUCGAAAAACUGGACAAGCCUCAAAAUAAUUUCACCGAAAUUGAGCUAAGCAAGGUUCACAGCGAGUUAAUCGAUCUAACAAAAGUGGGGUUCGAGCUAGACUGGUUGAAGAAAAGGCUUGAUGAGGUUUCUCUGGAGAAGAGUGGAGUUACUGAUGGUUCUCGAGUCCAAGAACUGGAGGAACACAUCAAGAAUCUCAACCUUGAACUGGACACGGAGAAGGUAAAGUAUGCUACUUGUGUUGCUAAAUUUGCCUCGCUGGAGGAGACGGUGUCGGAUCUUAGGGUUGAGCUGAGCAAGGAGAAGGAAAAAUCUGCUACUUCUGCUGCUGAAGUUUUGUUGUUGGAGCAGAUCGUGUCGGAUCUCAGAGUUGAGCUGAGCAAUGAGAAAGACAAAUCUGCUACUCCUAAAGACUUGGUGGAUGGUGUUGUUCAUUCUUGGGAAGUAUUGGAUUAUGCCGAUAUUACUACUGAUGAAAACGUAGAAUGAACAAAUGUUAUUACUGUUUUUAUUUUCCUUUAUAAAUCAAUAAGUUGCGGGUUUUAUUAUCGUCUCAGUCUGACAUUUGAAGUGUUCUCAUCUAUGUGUGUUUGUUGUCGUCUCGAUCUGAACCAUUUCUAUAUACACCUCUAAAUACUAGAGGAAAAAGUGUUCCAU